UUCGUGCUCUCUUGUUCUCUCCUUCCUUUACCUAAAAUUCCAGUUCUCUUUUCUCCGGUUACUUUUUAGCAAUGGCCUCUGCCGAGAUCGAGUUCCGUUGCUUCGUCGGAGGGCUCGCCUGGGCCACCGACAAUGAUGCGCUGGAGAGGGCCUUUUCUCCGUUCGGUGAGAUCAUCGAAUCGAAGGUCCGUUUGACGCAGAGAUCGGAUCUGACCCGAUUCGGCCUCGCGGCCAUCUGUUGUUCUCUCUCUGCUACUUGAUCUUCUGUUUCUCUAUGUUACUUGAUCUAUGAUUCUCUGUUACUAUAUGAUUCUUAUUAUUACUCACUCUCAAGAUCGGAUCAUCAACGACCGUGAGACCGGGAGGUCCAGGGGCUUCGGCUUUGUCACCUUCAGCAAUGAGAAGGCCAUGAGGGACGCGAUCGAAGGCAUGAAUGGCCAGAACCUCGACGGCCGUAACAUCACCGUCAACGAGGCUCAGUCUCGUGGAAGCGGCGGUGGUGGUGGCGGUAACGGAGGAGGUUACAGCCGUGGAGGCGGCGGCGGGGGAUAUGGCGGCGGCGGCGGCUACGGAGGUGGCGGCCGACGUGAAGGUGGCGGCGGUGGCUACAGCCGUGGAGGCGGCGGUGGAGGAUAUGGCAGUGGAGGCGGUGGAUAUGGCGGUGGUGGCCGUCGUGAAGGUGGUUAUGGAGGUGGUGAGGGCGGUGGCGCUCGCUAUUCCAGGGGCAGCGGUGGCUCUGAAGGCGGCAGCUGGAGGAGUUAAAUUUUAGGUUUAGGGUUUGGGAAUUUAGUGUUGCUUCUUUGAUGUUUUAGGGUUUAGGUGGUUUCUGAAUCUGGUUCUCUAAAUCUCUCUAGUUUUGUGGUGGUGUGUUCUCUGCGCUCGAUAAUUUUGAUCGAUGACUAUGUUACUUUUCCUGUAUUUUUGUUCCCAAAGAAAAAAAAAUGGUGUUUGAGAAAUGAAGUAUAGUUCUUCGUUCGCA